AUGGCCGCCGCGAUGUUCCGCAGCCUGUUGGUGUCGGCGGGCGGCGGCGGCGGAGGAGGAGGAGGGGGGGGGUCCCGCGAGGCCUCCCCCGCCGCCCCCAGCGCCGCCCACCCGGCCCCCGAAGGCGGCGCCGCCCUCGAGGCCCAGUUCAGCUGCCCCAUCUGCCUGGAGGUCUACCAGCGCCCCGUCCGCAUCGCCCCCUGCAGGCACACAUUCUGCGGAGAGUGCCUGCAGCCCUGCCUCCAGGUGCCGUCUCCCCUCUGCCCGCUCUGCCGCAUGCCCUUUGACCCCAAGAAAGUGGAGAAGGCCUCCAGUGUGGACAAGCAGCUGUCGUCCUUCAAGGCCCCCUGCCGGGGCUGCACCAAGAAGGUGACGCUAGCAAAAAUGAGGUCGCACGUCACGUCCUGUGCUAAGGUUCAGGAACAGAUGGCCAACUGUCCAAAGUUUGUUCCCGUUGUCCCAACAUCCCAGCCCAUUCCCAGCAAUAUCCCAAACCGAUCCACUUUUGUGUGCCCUUAUUGCGGAGCACGGAAUCUGGACCAGCAGGAGCUGGUGAAGCACUGUAUGGAAAACCACCGCAAUGACCCCAACAAAGUGGUCUGUCCUGUCUGCUCAGCCAUGCCAUGGGGUGACCCGAGCUACAAGAGCGCCAACUUCCUUCAGCAUCUUCUCCACCGGCACAAGUUCUCCUAUGACACGUUUGUGGAUUACAGCAUUGACGAAGAAGCGGCUCUGCAGGCGGCCCUGGCCCUCUCCCUCUCCGAGAACUGAAAGCAGCUGCCCAGAGGCAGCUGGGAACAGC